GGCAGAAGCCAGAGGGCCAGAGGGCCAGAGGGCCCCAGAUAUCCCCUACAGCCUCCUGCUUGUGAGGGGAAUCGGAGCAUCUCCGAUCCAGAGAAAUCAUUGCAGUCUGCCCUUCUGUGACUCUGCUCACGCCUCGAGUACCAUGAAGCUCCAGGUGUUCUGGACUGGGCUGGAAUAUACCUGCCGGCUCUUGGGCAUCACCACUGCUGCAGUGUUGAUCGGAGUGGGCACCGAGACCUUCCUCCGGGGGCAGUUCAAGAGCCUGGCCUUCUAUCUGCUGCUUACGGGAGUCACCAUCUCUGUGUGUGAAGGGACCUACUUUGUGGCUCAACUGUUGGCCAUCUGCUUUAAGUGUCAGCCGGGGUCUCUGGCACACAGAGCAAGGGAGAAGGCCCACUGGCUGGGCUGCUUCCAGAAGUUCCUAGCCUACACGCUGUUGUCUGUGGCCUGCUUUCUCCACCCUGUUCUGGUCUGGCAUGUGACUAUUCCAGGCUCCAUGCUAAUCAUCACUGGCCUGGCCUACUUCCUGCUGAGCAAACGGAAGAAAAGAAAGGCUUCCCCAGAGGCGCUGGCCCCCACAGAGCAGUACACAGACCCCUCCAGCAGCACCGUGAGCACCACAGGCUCUGGGGACACCGAGCAAACUUACACUUUCCAUGGGGCUCUCAAGGAGGGGCCUGGCUCAUUCUUCAUCCACAUGAAGAGCAUCCUGAAAGGCACCAAGAAGCCCCAUGUCCUACAACCCCAAGGUACCCUAAUGGAACUGGCGCUGGAGCCAACUGACUCCUUGGCCAAGAAGAAGCAGGUUCACUUUGAAGACAGUGUGGUCAGAAUCAUCCCGUCCCUCACUGAAGGUUUGGGUGACGACAGUGACAGUGGGCCAGAGGAAACUGCCUCUGACACGACCCCCAUCAUCCCUCCCUCCCAGACCCCACACUUUCUGCCUCCUCUCAUGGCCACUGACCUGUUCUGAGCUUCUCAGCUAGAGAACUACAGAUGGAUGGACCUGCCAGAGGACUCCUAACAGCCAUGAUCUUUGUAGGUAUCAGGGUAUCCGCUGGUCAGCUGUUCUACACUUCUCAGUGAUGACUGGAGUUUCAGAACUAUGAGCUAGCGUACCACCCCAGAUCUGUGGAGACCUCCAGGGUGGCACAAAGGGGGCUUUACCAUAUGGAAUCAACACAGUCUCCUCCUUCUCGACCAGGGGAGGGAACAUAGAUCAUGGUGGUUCCAUUCUCCACAAGGCUGAAGACCCAACUUGCUAAGUCCCAAAGGAACGAAAGAUACCAACUCAGUUUCCCUUGCACCCAGCAAAGGGUUCAGCCUUCAGCAAGGCCCCUAUGUUGCAUUUUGCAUGUGAUGCAGCCUACUAGUGCUGAAGGCCCGAGGGUACAUCAGCAGCGUGAGUACCUCAGCAGAAGGUAUUGGAUGAAGUGGCCAUGAAUCCUGAGCAAGACUGCUCAGGAUAGAUAUUGGAAAGGAUGCUUCAGACCUCAAGUGGGAAUAGCCUGGCAAUGGGCUGCAUUCUCUGCAUAUACUCUGGGCCUGGGCUGGGCAUCAGGCAUUUCAGAAUCACCCAUGGAAACAAUGCCACUCUGUGCUGACUGCCGGGAAAACUGGCAAGAAGAGCAUCUCUCAUUCCAGAAGGAUAGCUAAAGGCUUCUUCCCACCCCACCCCACCCCCACUCUAUGGGCAGUGUUCAGAUUCCAAGUAGAUGGUGUAGGCUACAAAGAGUCUGAGAGCCUGCAACAGGAAUAAACAGGACGUAGCAUAGAGUGUUCACUGGAGGCCAGGACUCAGGGGCUGUUCUCAGAGAGUUGCCAAGUACAGGGAAGUAUGUCUGCCAAGCUUAGGCACCUAGGAGUAGGAUGAGUGAAUGAUUAACAAAUGUUUGUUCCAAAUAGGGAGGAAGGAAGGAAGGAAGAAGAGGGAAGAAGGGCACGUGGGGGGGGGGGAGAGCAAGCAGGCAUGCUCUCCAUCCAGGGGCUACAGAGGUGACGGUGAAUUCAAGUUAGAUACUUCUCAGUAAAAAGAUUUGCAACACAUCUCUUAGUUCUAAAUAGCAUGUUUGGUCUGCAGGACGAUUGCCAGGGGGAACAGACACGUUAUCCCUCAUAGCUGACCACAGGACACAAGCAGCAGGAAGGAAGAGCCCCGUAGUUUGUGUCUGGGGAAGGGACUCACAUCAGGGUUCUCUGAGGGGUGGGCCUCGAAGUACACAUGUUAGAGUCUAGAUAAGCAACAUGUUCGUUGUAUAAUUUUACCCACUUAUGAGGUAUUCUUUUGGGGAAGGGGGUGUGUGGAAAUGAGGUGGUAUCAGCCUGGUACUUAGCCCGGCCGAGGUUCCAGACAGGCAGAAGGCUGCUUGCAAUAGAGGAUGUGUCUGCUCAGACUGUGGUAGUGGAGGCAGAAAGCAAGCUAGGAGGGCUGGAGCAGGCCGGCGAGAUCUACUCAACCCAUCGCUCAAGUCAAAACCUAGAAGCCUAAUGGAGGACUAGAAGCUCUGACCACAGGGGCAUUAAAGCCGUUUUGGCUUUCACCAAUGAGGGAUGUUAGUGCAGUCAGGGGAGAAUAAAAUAUAUGGACUAUGGGUGUGGGUGGGUGUGCCCCUUUACUACAGUGACCUCAUGGUGAGGGAAGAACCAGGAAGCACCAUCAUGACACCCUGAAUUAGUCUGAGGCAAGGGCAGUUAAGAGACCACCUUAACUCUAGAUUUCAGGGCUAGAGCCCCAGGAACAGAUCAUCCAGCUGACACAAGACAGAGGCCAGAGGCAACAGACCCCAUAACCAGGAGGAGCAGGGUCUUGGUGCCCUCUUUCUGUGCCUCUGUUUUAGUUAAUGUUCUGUUGCUGCAAUAGAAUACCAUGGCCAAAGGCAACUUAAGGAUGUGGAUGUGGCCUAUGAUUCCAGAGAGCUAGAGUAAAGGUCUGGCAAGUAGUAGGAGCUGGAAGUCAACUGGUGAAACUUCAUCCACACACAGGAAAUGUGUGUGUGUGUGUGUGUGUGUGUGUGUGUGUGUGUGUGUGUGUGUGUGACAAGAAGCCACAUGAGGCUAAGAACCCUCAAAACCCACCCCAGUGAUGCCCUUCCUCCAGCAAGGCUGCACCUCCUAAAGGUUCCAUAACUCCCCCAAACAGCGCCACCAUCCGAAGAACAGAUGUUCAGACACAUAAGCCUAUGGGCAACAUUUCAUCAGCUCUUACAUAGUUUUAAAAAUCUUUGAUACUUGGUUAGCUGGUUUCACUUUUCUUAAACAUCUUUAUUAAAAUAUAAUUCACUGUCAUUAAACUGACCAACUUAAACGGGUUUUAGCAUAUUUAUAAAUUGAGCUCAUUACACACACCACUAUUUUAUUUCAUAAUAUCCUCAUCACCCGUCCCCCCACAAUGAAAUCCAACAAAGUAACCAUUGGGUCCCACUCCUCGCCUCCCAAUUGCCCUAUGAGACCACUGAUCUGCCUGUGUCUUUGUGACUUUAACCUUUCCAAACGCUCCUAAUUUACAUCACAUAACACCCUCCAGCACUGUGCUUUGCUUUCCCAGCAUCUUCAUCGGCUUUCUCACUCUGCACCAUCCUUUAUUCUAGUCUUUAAAUAUGAUUAUUUUUGUUCCUUGGACAAAUGUAGAAUGGCAGCUUUGGAGUCUUGGUCAACUCUAGCCCACAUCUGGGGGCUUCUUAAAAGCUGUGCUGCUUACCCUCUUCUUUUGAUUCUGCAUCACAUUUUCUUGUUUCUUUGUGUCCCCAGAAAUUCUUUCUUAGCACCUGGACCUCUUGGCUACCACAUGCACGCACGCACGCACGCACGCACACAUGCAUGCACGCUGCUGCUCUGAGGGCUGGUUCUGCCUUCCUCCCCACCUGGACUCUGGUUUCUUUAUCCAUUUGUUUACGAACUUGACUGGACUAGUUCUGUGAAGUCAAUCUGUUUUUUUCUACAGUGUUCAACCUUUUGAACCUUUUUUUAGCAUGGUUACUUAGGCAUUUCUCCUGGGUCUGCAACAGUCAUUUUUUUGGUCAAUAGUUAUGGUUAAUCCUUGAACCAAUUAGAUGCCCUUUGUCACUGAAAAACGGGGAGGGAAGGGGGGUUUGGAGUCAUCUAAUAAAUCAGGUUUAUGGUUGCCCCUGCCUUUAGUCAGGGACAAAUAACUCCAUAGCCUCUGUCUGGCUCCUAAGAGGACAUGACCUUGUGUGCUGAACUGUUGGGCAGUGCUUGGUUUAGGUUUAAGGUCUGUAUUUUUAGGAGUUGUUCCUAAUCAGUAUUUGGGCAGAGGCUGUGCUUAGUCUUUUUUGAGUUCAAGGAUCAUGGACCCUUUGUAAAAGGAUCUGCAUACAGAUGGAAUAAUUUUAUAAUAAAGCAAAUGGAUGCCUACACACAUACUUGACCUGAUAGCUCCAGAAUGAGCACAGACUUCCAUAUUAACGGCAGUGUCCCCAACUCUCAAGACCGGCUGAACCCAAGAGGGUUCCCCUGGGCUCUUUGUCUUCAGUUCUCUAUUAAGUGAGGGUUCAGCAUUUUGUUUAUCUAUCGCUACUGGAACCAUGGAGUUCUGAACACCCUUGUAUUUAUACUCCCCAGGAUGUGUUUACAAUGUUUCUGAGAACUCAGUGUGAAUGGAAUUCUUCACAUCCUGUUCUGAAUGAGGUCAUUCCCCCAGGCAGCGCUCUGAGCUUUUCAUUCUUUUUUCCUGGGCAACCCCUCCACAGUCACGCAGAGGAAUGACGGCUGUCUGUUUCCCAGGGGGAUACCUUUCCUGGAUGGGUAAGCAUAGGAGGAAGCAGGCCCAGUAGUCUUGAUUUGUCCUUCCCAGUGUGGAGCCUCCCUACCCUAGGAGUCAGAUGAGGUGGAGCCAUCAAGGCUGUCAUAUUGUAAGUCUGUCGAGCUCGCAGUGGCAUUUCCUGGAGAUGACAUCACACACUAGGUGACACACUCAGCAUCAGAGGAAAAUUCCUAUAGUAAGAUAUGCUCUGCACAAAAAUGGUCUUUUCCUUAUUCCCAACUAAAACUUGAUGAUCCAAGCUGAGUUUACCCUGAAGUAUUUCUGUUCCUAUCAUUUAAACCCUUUCAGCAGGUGCUCCAGUGGCAGGCAGGGAGGCUGCAACUCAGAGCUUUAGUAGGUGGCCUAAUAGCUCCCUCCCUUGAGGGCUUCCAUUCAGGUAAAGCCAGAACAUUGACUCCGCUGCAGUAGAGAAUCUCAGGGUAAAUCAGAGUGGAGCAAAGUAACCAGGCUCAUUAAAUAAAGAC